AUGUCAUACCAAGAUACUAGCUAUUACCGCAGGCCCCAUAGCCUUGAGCGUGGCGCGACUAUGGUGCGCGACGACCACGCCGUCAAAGAGAGGAAUUACGACGUCGGCCAUCGUCAGUUGGAGGAGAUAAUUCCGAUCACCUCGAUAGACGUUACCAGCGGGAUCAAUAUCGACCAUAUGAAGGUUCCUCGCAAGCGCGACUCUUCACCAGAAUCAAGUCGCUCAUACCGCCAUAGAAAUCGUCACAAAUCAAUGGAUGGCGGCUCUAGAGAUGGCCGUGAUGACAAAUCUUACAGCAGCGAUGGAGACCGCGAUAAUAGUAACCAUGACCGUGGCUGGGCCGACGGCUUGCUUAGCAAGGGCGGGAAGCUUCUCGCGCAGGCCGCUGUUCCACUCAUAGCUGCCGGCGCUGCAGAGGCCUUGCGAUCGCGCAAUGAACCCGGGGAGUGGAAGGGAGACAAGGGCAAGCAUGUGAUGAAGUCGGCUGUUACCAACGGGCUCAUGAACAAGGAUCCAAGCACGCCGCACAGACACCACGUUGUUGAUACGACAAUGUCGGGUCUGAAAGACGGCCGUCCCUCUCGUGAGGAAAUGGCUGAGAUUCGGCGUAGAGCUGCUACAAACCAUACCCUAGACAACCUCAAAAAGGUUGCUGCUGCGGGCGCGCUGGUCUUUGCGGGCAAAGAGAUCUAUGAUCGUUACGAGCGCUCAAAAUCUCAGAAACGAGGCCAAGACUAUGACAAAGACUAUGACGAUAACAGGCAUAGCUCGAACAGAGGCAAUCGGAGUGAUUCCGAAGACUCGAAUAGUGAAAUGUGGUCUCGCGAUCUCGACGAAAGGGCCUACCGGAGGCCUCGAAGUAAAUACAGAGAUGAUCGGUCAGAUCAUUGGGAAAAUUACUCUGGUCGUAAUCACGGCUAG